AUGGCUGAUAACAAAUUAUUCAAGGACAUGAUCUGCGCAUUGAGACCUGGAUAUGAUCCACCUAGCCAGGCUCUGCAUUUGCAAAAACAACUUGCCGUUAUCGUGAAAGCUCUAGACAGAUUUCAAAGCGAUUACGUAAACAUUUCUGAUGCAGUAGAAAUAUGGAAAGAUGUCCUCAACCAUGAUUUGUUACAGCCAUACAGACAAGAAAUAAAAAGAGAUAUGACGUUGCCAUUCAACCAGUUCGCCUUUUUACAAAUGGAUCCCAAAUACAUGGGAAUAAGAGGAAACAGAGGAAGAAGAGGAAACAGAGGAAGAAGAGGAAACAGAGGAAGAAGAGGAAACAGUCAAACAGUGGGUUUGCAUUGA